ACCGGCAGACGAAACAACAAGUUGGCUGGACAGGAAGCCGUCAAAGUGGUGUGAUUAGAUAUUAAAUAUCUUACUGAAAGCAUCCGAUACCUUGGCAAACGAGUCUAUAGAUGAGUUGCUCACAAAUCGAACAUCGCUGGGAAGAGUUUUUGCGAAAAUGACGCUAAAUUUCCUCCGCUGUCUCAUGUGUCGUCAGUUUCGGACGUAUUUCUUGCUUGUGAUAGCCAUGGCAUUCAUUUUUCAAAGCCUGCUUGUGUUCUACUUGCUGGCUAAAGUAAAAGAUACUGAAGGCCCAAUUGAAUUUGGGUCUUCAGACUCAUCAAGAAUUCACCAAGUUUUAGUGAAGGAAAAAGAAUUGGGUGUCCUUGGUAAAUCAAUGUGUGGAUCUCUUAGCAAGACGGCUCUUUCAGCUAUCAAGAGAGCGACUACUAAAAAGUGCAAAGAAGAAUUAAGUGAUGUGGCGUGCAAACUCAAGAACAAUCAACUUGUACCAGAGAGACUACCAAACUAUUGCCCUCGAAAGGAUUCAAUUGCUGGAAGUUCUCUUGGCUGCUUCCACGACAACAAUCAAUCAAGGCUACUCUCUUCGUAUGGUGUAAAACUUCCAGGAUUAACCAUUCAAAAGUGUGUUGACCUUUGCGCUCAGUCGGCGUUUUUGUAUGCUGGUACUCAUAAUGGAAAGGAGUGCUACUGUGGGAACAAAAAACCGUCGUUGGAGCAUCUUCUUACGAAAACCUAUUGCAGUGUUGCUUGUGAUGGCCAAUCUAGUCAAACUUGCGGGGGUGUUGACGCUACAGAAAUAUUUGACUCAGGAGUACCCAACAGAGACUCAGCAAAACUGCAUGACCCAAUCGUCAAUGGAACUGCUAAAAUUGCGUUUAUUCUCACUUUGAAUGGGAGAGCGCUGAGACAAGUCACUCGCCUUCUUAGAGUUAUAUACAGGCCCCAUCAUGUUUAUUUAAUUCAUGUUGAUGCCAGGCAAGAUUUCCUAUUUCGCAGCUUAUUGCAAUUGGAAUUGAAAUAUCCUAACAUUCGUUUGACCAGACAGCGACAAUCAUCUAUAUGGGGAGGUGCGUCUUUGCUGGAUGUUCUCUUGCAAUCCAUGGAGCAAUUAUUAGAAAUCGAUAGUCAAUGGCAGUUUGUUUUCAAUUUGAGUGAAUCUGACUUUCCUUUGCGGUCUAUUGAAAGUCUGGAAGCCCUUUUGGCUGCUAAUCCGGGGCGAAACUUUCUCAAGUCACACGGGCGGCAAACUCGUCAGUUCAUUCACAAGCAGGGAUUAGACAGAGUAUUUCAUCAAUGUGAGAGACGCAUGUGGCGAGUGGGGGACCGCAAUCUGCCUGCCGGAAUUCGAAUCGAUGGUGGAUCGGACUGGGUUGGACUUGCGCGUUCCGUCGUCGAGUUUGUCACAUCGCCCACUCGCAGCAACGACCCACUUUUGCGUGGGUUGAAAGAACUUUAUCGCUAUACCCUCUUGCCAGCCGAAUCCUUUUUCCAUGUUCUCAUUUUGAAUUCCAAAUUUUGCGAAAGUUACGCAGAUAACAAUUUGAGAAUGACGCUGUGGCGGAGAAGUCAAGGCUGCCUUUGCCAACAUCGCCACGUCGUAGAUUGGUGCGGCUGCUCACCCAUGGUAUUCCGGACGACAGAUUGGACUCAUCUAACUUCAGUUAUGGCUAAAUCAACAGUAUUCUUCGCUCGCAAAUUUGAGGCAGCGAUCGACCAAAGUAUCAUGAAUCGACUUGAAGAACAACUUACCAACUCUUCGUUGAGUUAUCCAGGAUUGGAUAGCUAUUGGGAAAGUGCGUACCAUAUGGCUGAUCUGACACCCAAGACAAAUCACGCCCUUCUAGCCGUCUCCCUUAGUCUGGCAAAACACGCAAUUUCUCUUCUGUUGCAAAAUAGUGUCGUCGAAUGCCCAGGACUCAGACCAAGUCGGAUUAUCGCCAUCACUUCUUAUUUUCGACAUGAUCAUUACUUGGGCGAUUUGAUCCACUUUGAAGUGGAUGAAAAAAACGUCGAGUUUGAGACCCUAGUCAAGCCUCUAACAAAGACCACUCACUUUAUGGAUUCCCCGAGAAUUCUUAGUACUCUACAAGUUGGAUCAGAUUAUGAUCCUAAAGAACAAGUCCUCCGAAAUCGCUUAGGAGUUCUCUCGUCUUCUUCCAAACCCGCUGCGAUUUUUAAAUGGACCGGACAUAUCAACUCUACUACUUCAUCUCAAAUGGCUCAUUUAGUAUGGUUCGACCCUGAUGACCACGUCAGAGCCGUUCACCAUGUAAAUGUGACCGAUGCUUCCAAGAUGAGUAAUCAGAUGUUGGAAAUCGAUACACCUCUUAAGCCAGGAGUGUGGCUAGUCGCCGUCAUCUACGAUGGAAAGAAAAUUGCUACGACAGAGUUCCUGAUUGUUCCUCAAACUUCCGACGAUAGCUUACAAUUCGAUGGAAAAAUUAACGAAUUUCAAAAGACGUGGGGAAAGUAUUUACCUGUUGACGCCAAGUCAGCAACUCGCCGAGAGAAGGCAUUAUUAAUGAAAAAAGACAUAUCAUCUUACUUGGAUAAGACGACGGCAGAAUAUUAUGCCAUUCAAGAUAUUUGCUAUACGGGUCAUCCACCAGAGUGUGCGACCAUCCAAUAUCAUGACUGGCAGUCGUGUACUAGCACGGAUUGGAGUUCUUUCUCUCAGGAUCCAAAAUCUGUACUGCCGUAAAUGUUGAUCUUUUUAUGUAUGAUCAUUUUUGCCUUUUAUCGUUGUCGAGGGACAAGCAUAUGUGCCAAAUCAAUGUUCUGUUUCAUUCAUCAAUUGCCCCUGCCUUUUCAAUUUGCUUCUCAAGUGCUUUAGAUAUGCUGUAUCAAAAUUGUUCUUUGUUUUGAUUUUUUUUUUUUCACGUGAAGAAAUAUCAGCAUUGGAUUCCA